CCAGAGGAAUUGGAGGCAAAAUUUCUACGGAACAGUUUUCAGAUGUACGGCAGGGUUGUUGAUGUGUAUCUCCCGAGCAAACGAGAUAAGAGAGGGAAGAGGUAUGGUUUUGUGCGGCUAAUAGGAGUCAAGGAUGAGAUUCAAAUGGAGAGGAGGCUGAAUGAGAUUUGGAUUGGCUCCAUGAAUAGAUUGGUCCAACCGGGGCAUUCAUACGCACAAGCAGUGAAGGGACAAGGAAAAAGGGAGGAUAAGGUAGCAGAACACCUUCAGGAAAAGGUAAAAGAAGCAGUCCUGGAAAAGGAAGUUGUCAAAACAGGGAUACAGGAAAAUAUGGAGGUAGAAAAAACAGAGGAAAUUAUUGAAUACACCCCAACGAAAGAAGAGCUGCAAUGGCUUGAGGGUGGCAUGGUGGCAGUGGUGAGGUCAAUGGCGCUGGUGUCCGAGAUUCAAGAGCAAAUGGACGCUGAUGGAGGCUCAAUCACGUUAUCACCAAUUGGCGGUAGACGGGUGUUACUAACUGAAAGAGUUGCAGGGUUUUUAUCCGAUUAUAUGAAGCAUAAUCAGGAGUUGUUUGGAUUAUGGUUUGAGUCUAUAAAACCAUGGGAGACGGCACCAGAGGAGAAAAGCCGAAUGAUGUGGGAUACAAAGAAGAAAUCAAUCUUAUGGGAUGGGAGAGUACUGAUCUUAUGCUCAGAUUCUAGUAAAAUCUCAAAACAAGUUAAGUUGAAGGUGGAAGAGCAAGUGUACGAGAUAGAGAUAGUUGAAGAGGAAUGGCACUCCGAUCCGGAUUGGUGGCUAUCGGAGAAUGAUCAGAGAAGUGACCUGGAAACGGAGUCCGAUUACUCAAACUCGUGGUGUCAGAAUGAGGAUCAAGAACUGGAUUCGGAUGUGAUUGGCGACGACGAGGACACAAGUAACGGGUCAGAGCAUUUAAUGAAGGAUUUGGUUUCAAUUUCAAAUCCGAGGAUGGCAACGGUAAUGGAGAAAUGUAAUCAAAGUGUGCAAGAGGUAGAGUUGGAUGGGAAUGCAAGCUUUGAGCUGUCCGAGGAAGGUGGGCCACAAAGACUGAGUUGUGGUGGGCUAGAAGAAAACAAUGGGCUGACUAAUAGGAUGGACUGGGGACUGAUCACGGAAAUGAGCAUAGAAGAGCCCAUUUUACAUGCUCAAAACCAGACAGAUUCACCAUCAAUACAGAAAUCGGGAAACUCAAAAAAGGUGAGCAAAAAACAAAGGCUUCUUAAAGAAUGUUAUCCAGAGAGUAUGGAGGAAAUCUGGGCAAAAGCAGUAUUGAGAGUAACACCAAGAACAAGGCAACGACAGGAACGGAGAGAGGGAUCUAGCCAAGCUGGGGAUGAAAAGGUAUGCAACGCUGUUGCUGUUUCUAUUUCAGAUGGUUGUAUUGAAAAUAGAAAUAGGGUGUUGCAAAGGGAGAUGAAUAUGCAUGAGGUGCGUCGGAUGAUGGGGGUGGGGAGGAGGUUGGGUUUAAAUUUUGGUAAUAAUGAGGAUGAGAUUCAAUCAAAGUUACUAGAGGUCAUAGAUCAAGAAGGGGCAAGGCGGAGAGACAUGUCGGGGCUACAGAAAAAGGUUACUUUGUGGGAGGAGCUGAGGAGUAUGGUGACAGACAACGAGGGAUGUUGGUUGAUAGCAGGGGAUUUCAAUGCAGUGAGAGGACCAGGGGAGAGACGAGGAAGAACAGGAGAAAGCCCGGACAUGAAGGACUUUGAUGAGUUUAUUGUGUCAACUGAUUUGGUGGAUGUCAAAUUAACAAAUAGAAGGUAUACAUGGUACAAGCCAGAUGGUACAGCAAGGAGUAGAUUGGACAUAUUUUUAUUGAGUACUAAGAUGAGUAAUUUGGAAGGGGAGUGGAUACAGCAAGGAUUGCCAAGGAAUAUCUCUGAUCACUGUGCAAUUGUGUUGAAGUCUAGAUCAGCAGAUUGGGGACCAAGACCUUUCCGGGUUUUGGAUGCAUGGCAACAACAUCUAGAUUUCAAGAAGUUUGUAGAAGAUAAAUGGAGUGAGAUGGAGGUUGAGGGUUUUGUAGGGUAUAAAUGCCAGCAAAAGCUGAAAUUGCUCAAAGGAUUCUUAAAAGGUUGGAACAAGGAAGUCUUUGGGAACAUGGAAACUCAAUAUGAACAGGCGGUAAAAAAGAUUGAGCAGGUGGAUAUGCAGAAUGAGAUAUCUGAUUUGGAAGAUGCUGAGAUUGUGAAGAGGCAAGAAGGUUUUUCCAAGAUGUGGGAAGUUUUGAGAAAGAAGGAACUUAUAUGGAAGCAGAAAUCAAGAAAUAUUUUAGAAGCCUGUUUCAAGGAGUCAUGGAAUAGACCCAAGCCUGGGGAUAUUAGAUUCCACCAGAUCUCUGAGGAGAAAAAGGAUUGGCUAGAAAGACCUUUUUCAGUUGAAGAAAUCGAGGAAGGGUUAAGGAGCUGUGAUGGUUCAAAGGCACCGAGACCUAACGGAUACAAUUUCAACUUCCUUAAAUUUGCGUGGCACUACAUAAAGGAGGACUUCAUCAAUUUUUUUUCUGAAUUCCAUCGUAAUGAGUCUAGGCUUUGGAACAAAGUGGAGAGGCUGGGGAGGAGGACAGUGCCUAUAGGUGGUGCCAUCAAGCUCGACCGUCCAUCCAGCCUCGCGAGCCAAGGCAGCGAGCACAUCGUUCAUGUCCGCACGCGCAGGGAGAGGGAAAUUACCAUAUUGUCUGAGACCGGCCAGCAUAUGGCUAGUGAUGGCACGGCGGUGUCGCUCUCUGAGCUUCGUCCUUUCCUUCUCCUUCUCCCUCUCUCUUUUCCCUUUGGCGGAGGCAAGUGCAUUAGGUGAGGCCUCUGCCGCCGUAGCAGCGGCGGUGGCAGCAAAUCGGCGAGGGCGUCGGGGUUGAGGCUGAAUUGCGGGAUCCUUCAAAUAUUCCUAUUCAGUUUGGCCACAGUCAGUUUAGGUUUUUUGAAAAUAUAUAAAUAAGUCCUUCCAGUUUUU